CUCGGUGGCCGCGGAAGGUGACGUGGACACGGAAGUGGUCGUCGUCGCGGUGGCACCGGUGGGAGCAGGGCGCGGGGCUUAGAGUGCGGCCAGCAGGCGGACGGGAGGCGGCGGUCUCGCACCUGCAGUGGCAGAGGGGGCAGGUGUUGUCGGUUGGGUGCGAGUCCGGUGAGCUGACGAGCGGCUUCUCAGCGCUUCCCUUGCCCGUCAGUACCCCGCAGCUGGGUCCCGUUUAGCCGGUGUCACCAUGACCAAGGCCGGUAGCAAGGGCGGGAACCUCCGCGACAAGCUGGACGGCAACGAGCUGGACCUGAGCCUCAGCGACCUGAAUGAGGUCCCGGUCAAGGAGCUGGCUGCCCUCCCAAAGGCCACCAUACUGGAUCUGUCCUGCAAUAAACUGACGACUCUACCGUCGGAUUUCUGUGGCCUCACACACCUGGUGAAGCUGGACCUGAGUAAGAACAAACUGCGGCAGCUGCCAGCGGACUUUGGCCGCCUGGUCAACCUCCAGCACCUGGACCUCCUCAAUAACAGGCUGGUCACCCUGCCUGUCAGCUUUGCUCAGCUCAAGAGCCUGAAGUGGCUGGACCUGAAGGAUAACCCCCUGGAUCCUGUCCUGGCCAAGGUGGCAGGGGACUGCUUGGAUGAAAAGCAGUGUAAGCAGUGUGCCAACAAGGUGCUACAGCACAUGAAGGCCGUGCAAGCGGAGCAGGAGCGGGAGAGGCAGCGGCGACUGGAAACAGACCGAGAGGCUGAGAAGAAGUGGGAGGCCAAGCAGCGAGCUAAGGAGGCUCAAGAGCGGGAACUGCGGAAGCGGGAGAAGGCAGAAGAGAAGGAGCGCCGGAGAAAGGAGUAUGACGCCCUCAGAGCGGCCAAGCGGGAGCAGGAGAAGAAGCCUAAGAAGGAGGCAAAUCAGGCCCCGAAAUCUAAGUCCGGCUCUCGCCCCCGUAAGCCACCACCCCGGAAACACACUCGAUCCUGGGCUGUGCUGAAGCUGCUGCUGCUGCUGCUGCUGUGUGUGGCUGGUGGGCUGGUUGCUUGUCGGGUGACCGAGCUGCAGCAGCAGCCCCUCUGCACCAGUGUGAACACCAUCUACGACAAUGCCGUCCGGGGCCUGCGCAGCCAUGACAUCCUCCAGUGGGUCCUGCAGACCGAUUCUCAACAGUGAGCUUGUCCUCGACACCUGCUGCCUCCCAGCCUUGGAGCUUGGAUUCCUAUGGAAUUGGGUUCUGCUGGACACAACCUCUUUUUAGUGUCAGACCUACCUGCCAUCAUCAAAUGGCUGCCAUUUGGUACCUGAGACCUCCUCUUUGUAACACUUCUUUGUUCCUCAGUCAGGGUUCCCUGGUGGAAUAAGGAGAAAUAGGAGGUGUGGACAGUUACCUGCAUGCUUAAAAGAAUAGGCUUGGGUUAGGGAGAGAGCCUUUUCUAGUUGUUAUACAAAGCUGUGUAAAGGCAAGACGCGUUUCUACUAAAGGUCAGCUGUCACUACAUUUAUACUUUUGUAUGUCACAGACCCUUUCUUUCAUUCCUCCCUGGGGAGCCAGGGCAGGUCAGGAGGCAGUGUGUUAUUGGGGACUAGGGGAACACCAUACUUGGCAAAUCUCAUCUAAAUUGCGGGGGAGGGGCAUACCUACUUUUUAAGGAUCUCAGACAUUCAGAUAUUUUAACAGCCAUACAAAAUCUUGGGCUGUGACAGGACUUCCAGAUUAUCCAGUCCAAUGUAACACUUGUAGACAGGGAGACUGAGGCUUUCCAUGACUUGCCUAUGGUCUUCCAGCUAGUUUGUGGGCAGAACUGGAUUCCCACCCUGGUAUCUUUUUUUCCCCAUCAUUUUACCUUCUUUAUAAUGUCCUGAGUAAACAAAACUUACACAAGAAUUGGGUGUCUCUUGGCUGGAGUAUAGAAUCUCUCAUGGGAAACAGACUUAAUGACCUAUAAAUAGAAAUCUCAUAGCCACAAGGGUCUUGGGCAGCUCCUGCAGAGUCCUGCCACAACUUAUGUGGCUUCUAUAAAAUGGGCACAGUCCAGGCUCCUGGCAUCAGUUUGAGAGCAUUAAUCACUUGAUUGCCAAUAAACAAGAAGCUGGAUCCUUGCAAAGCCACAUUGUCUGUGACAGCCCUAUUACAUAAUUGGUGUGACUCAGUACCACAUAGGCAACCUGAAAACUAAGCUUCAUAGGAGACUUGAUGUUUAGCAUUGAUCCUAGACAUCAUGGAGUUUAAAAGUGGCACAUUAACCACUAGCAUGAGCGAGGCAGCACUGUCCACUCCCUUUAUCUGCCAGAGUCAGCAUUUUCUUGCUCUGUGGCCUCCUUCACCUCUUUUCACUACAUCAGAAAUGGCCGUCAUGGUGCUCAUUCACAGAAUACUCGUGAUUGAAAGCUCCCUGCCUUUCCCCAGGGAGAUUGAGAACCUGGCAUGUUCAGAGACAGCGGGGUCCAGCUUGUCAGCACUAGUGGCCCAUGGAUAGCACUGACGCUUGUGACUGUCCCGAUAAUGGAAGAAAAGAAAGAAAAGUUCUCCCUCAGGGAGAACUGCGUAGGCCCACAGCUUACUCGGAAUCACUAUACAUUCCUUUAUUUUUCCUCUAAGCUCCAGAGCCAAUGGUACAAAUGCUUUAUUAAAAUUAAACACAGGACAUAAGAUGAGAUUAAGAGAAUACAGAAGUUGGCACAGUGACUGGAUCCCCGUUCCUUGGCUGGGUGAGGGAGCUCCGGUGGGUCGGGGGAAGGCAAGAGCACAUCCAGCCUCGUCAGGCCACCAGCUGAGGGCAGUUCACUUGCGGCCUGGAGAUUUGAUGCUGGGGUACUUUUGGAUUUCUACGAUUAUUAAAUACAUGUCUGAGUGGUC